GCUGGGGAAGAGGAUGGAGGGGAUGGCAUCCAUGGCGUGGGUUCGUUGUCUCUUUACCAGGUCGAGAAUUCCAGACUCGGUAUUUCAGCUGCGGCCUGGAGAUCAUGAAAAGUAUGGAGGUGAUCCUGAGCAGCCCCACAAAAUCCACGUUGUUACUAGAAUAAAAAGUGUAGUUGGUCGCCCAUAUUGGGAAAAGAAGAUAAUACGUGAUCUUGGACUGGAUAAAGCACAUCAGCCAAGACUGCACAAAAACAUCCCUUCUGUGAAUUCCAGACUGAAAGUUAUUAAACAUCUGAUAAGAAUACAGCCACUGAAACUACCUCACGGAUUGCCAACAGAAGAGGAAAUGUCGGACACCUUUCUUACAAGCAAGGGAGAGCUUGUCAUUAAACGGCAUCUGAAACCUGUGGAGCAGAAAGAAAUUAAGUCGUAAGGUGUGCUGGUUGGAUUUAUAUUUUAUAAAAUAAAUAAUUUAACUCCCGCCUUAAGAGUUCGUGUAUGAAAUGUAAGUUUAAUUCUUACCCUCUCUGGUAUGAGUGACAGGGAUGACACUGAUGCUUAAAGAAGGAUUACAUGUGUACAAUAUAAAAUACAAUACUGGUAAUGUUUGCCUGAAAUAUUAAAUGAAUGAUAGGC